GCGUAUUGGCCGCCGUGGAUGUUCACUAGCUCCAGCGACGCCGGUGUGGACAGCGAGAUCAAUAAUAGCAGAAGUCAUGGAUAGUCGGGGCUAUGGUUCAGGUUACUCCAGUUGGGGUGGUGGCGGUGGAGGAGCCUCCAGCAGAGGCUCGGGCGGGUACGACCUGUACGGCUACAAGGACUCCAUGUCGAGCGGCGGGGGGUAUGGAGGGGGCUACGGGGGCGGGGGCCAGAUGAAACGGGGGCUGUCUGGGGGGUCCCUCCUCUCCACGGGAACCAGCGCUGACGCAGUCAUCGCCAAGAUCAACCAGCGCCUGGACAUGCUGACCCAGCUGGAGGGGUCGGGGAGCAUGAAGGGAGGGGGCCGCAGCGAAAGGUUUGACCAAUACGAGUCCUUCGACUCGCGUCCCUCCUCCCUAACCCCCCGCGAUCUCUACAGAUCCGGUAGCUAUGGUUACAGUGAGGGCCCGGCGGACCUGCUGGCCCAGCGGGGAGGCGCGGGCUACGGGGGAGGAGGAGGCGGAGGAGGAGUGGGAGGCGGCUAUGAUGGCUCCUCCUCCUUCGGAUCCGCCAAGCCCCACCUGGUGCGGCAGCCGCGAGACUCCUACUCAGGCCCCGCCUGGGCCGGGCGGCGCUCCCCGCGGAGGGGCGGGGCAAUGGGGCCGGGCGGACGCGGGUUUGGCCGCAGGCCGGAGCCCCCGAUGGGUGGUGGAAUGGGCGGGGCCAGGGGAGGCCACUCUCCCGGGGGACGAGGCAGGCUCCCGUCGCUGCUGUCCCACCGCAUGUACCCCGAGACGGGCGCGUACCAGCAGCCCCCAGGCCCGCAGGACCCCCUGGGCGCCAGGCACUUUGGAGGCCGUCAGCGCGGGCGCAAGAGACCCGUCAACCGAGUGAAGCCGCAGCGGGACGGGCAGAAGAAGAGGAAGCAGACCCUGACCGGUGCAGACGAGCCCGAGUCUAAGAUGGGCAAGACUGAGACAGAGAGCGCCGAGCCGGCCAACGGUAACGAGGCGGCCCAGCCCAGUGGAGAAACCGCAGAAGGAAAGAGUCCUGCCCCGCAGGCAGGAAAAGCUCCAGCGGAGGGCGGAGAUGCUCUUACAAUGCAGGAGGAGAUUGAUCAGAUGAAGCAGAAGCUGCAGGGGAAGCAGCCGCCCCCCCAGGAUAAAUUCCCCAAACUGAGGAAGAGGAGGGGCUUCCUGGAAAGGUCAGGGGUCAAACUUAACACUCAGAGGGUGAUGUUUGCGUGCUCCAUCUGCAAGUUCCGCUCCUUCUACGACGACGAGAUGGCCGCUCACAUGGAGAGCCGCUUCCACAAAGAGCACUUCAAGUUCCUGUCCAACCAGCUGUCCAAGCCCACCACUGACUUCCUGGAGGAGUACCUGAAUAACAAGUACAGGAAGACCGUGCAGAGAACUAAACAGAUGGAAAACAUCAGCGCUGCCAUCUGCCAGGUGUACAAGGAGCAGGACCUGACGAGGGACAUCGGGAUGGAGCACUUCAUGAAGAAGGUGGAGGCCGCGCACUGCGCUGCCUGCGACCUGUUCAUCCCCAUGCAGCACCACCUCAUCCAGAGGCACCUGCGCUCCCCCGACCACAACUUCAACCGCAAGGGCAUGAUGGAGCAGUCGAAGCGUUCCAGUCUCUCGGUGGCCCGCAGCAUCCUCAACCACAAGGUGAUCGGGAAGAAGCUGGAGAGCUACCUUAAGGGCGAGAACCCCUUCAGCGGCAACGAGCAGGACCCUGAGGACUCCAUGGUGAUGGAGGUGUCGGAGGCGGAGCUGGCGGGCCAGGGGCAGGCCCAGGAGGACGGAGAGGGGGCGGGGGGCGACGCCGGCCAGGCCACGGGACAGGACGGAGCGGAGGAGAAGAUGGAGGAAGAGGAGGAGCUGGAGGGAGUGCUGGGGGAAGACGGCUUGGAAGGGGAGGAGGAAGGGUGCGACUCCCCUCCCCCCGGUUUCUGCUGCGACCGCGGGCUUGGAUACGCCGACCGCCUGUUCCUGAUCCACUGCCGCUGCACCGGUUCCUCUUUGCUGAGAGAGCGCCCGGAGGACGAUGAGCUCUAA